AGAGCUGUUGUUUUCUUGCAUUCCUUGCUGUCUUGGUGUGUGACAACAUUUGUGUUCGGGCUCACGUCUCUAGCUUGAUUUGGCACUAGGACCAGCAUAGGACCAUCAAUGAAUGUCUAUUCAACUUGCUUUGACUAAUGUGGUUCUAGCUGUACCUUGAUUUGCCUUGUUUGCAGCCACCUAUAGCUCCACAAAUUAUCUACUACAUCACGGGGUUGUGCUUGUGUAACCAUUUGUGUUGUUCUUGCUGGCUGCCGACACCUCCUGCCUUGCUUGGUAAGAACAUGUAAGAACUUGAAUGGCUAAGUGUGAGUGAACAUAUAGUGUGCCACCACCUAUUUCCUUUAGUUGGUAGGCAACUUCUUGUGACUUUGUUUGCUGCAAGCUAACCAUGGCAGGUGUAGGGAGUGAGGAUGAGGAUGGUGGAGGUCUGCUUACACCUCGCACCAAAGGCAUUGUACAGCAUUUUCAAAAGCAAGUGAGGGAGUACACCCUUGGAAUUGAUAAUGAUUUGCAGGUGAUAAAUGAGAAGAUUGGGCAAAUGGAGGCCGCACAGAUUUCCAACAACACCAAGCUUGCAGGUUUGGAGACGACGGUUGCUCGCGUGGACAAGAGUCUCGCUGCUCUUCUAAGGCGCUUUGAUGAGCUCCACGCGAAGACGAAUGAUCAGCAUAGAGGACGUGGCGAAGAGGAUGAGGACGGCGCAAAAAAUUCAGGUGCUGAUUAUGCUGCUGACACCGAAGUUGAGGAUCGAGGCCAGCGACAUCUACGUCGUAACCGUCGAGGUAUGGGUGGACAACGUCCACAUGAGGUACAUAACAAUGACAUUGCUUUCAGUAAGAUAAAAUUUAAGAUACCCUCUUUUGAUGGUAAAUAUGAUCCAGAUGCUUAUCUUACUUGGGAGAUGGCUGUUGAACAAAAAUUUACUUGUCAUGAUUUUCCUGAAAAUGCAUGUGUUAGGGCUGCAACUAGUGAAUUCACUGAUUUUGCUUCCGUUUGGUGG